AUGUGGCAUGUGUUUAUUUUGGUGGCAUUCCUUGCUGGAAUUUGUCGAGCAGAUCGCUCUACAUGUUCCAUCAACGUGACUUGUCCAACUGGUGGUUUAUGGAGUGAAUGGGCUGAUGCAGAAGGUGUCGAAUGCUCAGCGAGUUGUGGUUCUUGUGCUAAAACUUAUCCUGCGUUUCAGAGGAAAUAAGUUGUCCUUGUGACAGUGGAAAUGCAACUCGCUACUAUCCGUGCAACACAUAACCAUGUUCAUAUCCAGCUCAACGUACUUGUUGUAUUCCAUAUGUCUCAAUGGUUCUGAACGGAACAACUCAAUGUGGACCACUAACAACAGCCGCUGAAACUGCUGCAUCUGUUUCUAACUCAACAUAUAAUUGUUGUCCAAUUGGAGGAAUUUGGAGCUCUUUUUCCAGUUACGGAAGAAAUGAUGGCGAUACAAUGUGGAUUAGAACGCGAAGAUGUUUAUCAGAAAGUGCUGGUUGUAAUUGUACAGGAAAUAAUACUGAAUCUACAACAACUUGUCCGUGUAGAGCAAUGACAUCAAUUGAAUCAGGGUUAGAAAAACUUUCAAUCAGUUUCACAUGUGAAAUGGGUUCUUUAUACUGGAAAUAUGAUUACAAUGGAGAUUAUAUUAACGGAUGGUAUCAAAUGAUUAUUGUUUGA